AGCCGCUCCGCCCGUCUGCGCCGUCGCACCUGUCCGCGCUGCGCCCCGCGCCUCCCCAGCCCCGCAGCACCAUCAACAUGCUGGAAGCGCGGCCCCGCAACCCCAGCGCCGACCCCGCGCCCUGCUGGGCACCACAGCCUCAAGGACCCAGCCCUGCUAAGCGCCGCCGCCUCCACGAGCCUGCCCUCCAUGAGCCCCCGGCGUCUCCCGACCUGGAAGCGCCCACCCAGGCCAUCAGCGAAGAGCUCACCUCGGUGUUGGUCCUGGCCCAUGGCUGUGCCAUGCAACUGCAGCUGGACGGAGUCGACCUACUGCUGGAGCCCGAGCCCACCUCGGUAAUGCAAGUGGAGCUCCCUGGACACACCUUAAUCCUGGUGCCCGAGGGCCUCCAGUCUUUCGCCCAUCUUGGACAGCCUGGGUUCUUGUCCACCAGCCCACAGGAAGGCGCUCUCCUGCACUUGCCCCAGGACCACCUCGUCGUCCUCCAGCAGGGAUCCCUCUGUGAAGACAUCCUAGACAACUCCUAUCAAGAGGUCGCCUGCGAUGAGGAGGACGACUCUGGCUUCCUGUCACCCUGGAUUGACGCUCCAGCUGGCCAGGCCUCUGAGCUCCUUUCCUGCCACAUCAGGAUGCCCACUCCUUGGCCUCAGGACUACAUCCUCGAACCACAGCUUCAGGUACCCUCCCCUACUGCAGAGCCAUGGUCUCCGAGGUCCUUCUGGGACUUGGACAGCUACCUGCAGGGACCUUUCCCCACCUCGCCACUGCAGCCUCUGCCCCCAUCUCCUCCUCCAAGUCCCCAGGAGCAGCGCCCUCCACGCCCUCCACGCCCUCCACGCCCUCCACGCUCUCCACGCUCUCCACGCGCCCCGUGCAAGGCCCGGAGGCGACUGUUCUAUGAAUGAACUACCUGCACAAAUCCUGACGCCGCUCAAGUGAGAGGUUUCUCUACCCCUAGAUGCAAUGCACUUAGUCACCUGUUUUAGGAAUAAAAGUGCCACUCUUACUGACACAUAGGACCCUAGACUCUUGCCGAGGGCCCUAACAGAUUCCUAGAAGUCCUCGAGGUACAUUC